AAAAAAGCUGGAACCCUUCGGUAUUUUCAAUUCGUGAAGGUUUAAAUAAUUGUCCAUGAAUGUAGCACUUGUUAUUUAUCAUUAUUAUUAUUUUUUAUGUAUCUUAUUUAUUGAUUGGUUUAUUGUCAAAUCGCGGGAAAAAGCUACUUUUGGUAGCUAGCUAGCUUGUGUUUCGGCCGGCCCAAAGGAACAGGAAAUAGCCGGGCGGCACGCGCGCCAAGGUACCUCAAGAUGCUAGUUGUUCGCCAACAACAAUCCUUUAUAGAUGCGCAGAAAGCGCAGUUAACUUACAAACUAUUCCUUCUGGAAAAAGCCCAGAAACUGCUUGAGCAAGAACUAAGAAAAUUUACCAAACAGGUUCAUGGAGAAGUCCACCAUGUCCUGAAUUCAUCUUCUCCUGCUAGUGUAUUCAGUGAUCUCUCACAGGCGUUGGAUCUAAAGCUUCAAAACAUUCUGAAACUUUCAGAAAUGGUAAAGGACCUAACAGUUGAUUCACAUGUCUGGCCUGUUUGUAAAAAUGGAAAGAAGACGAAUAACCAUCAAACAUGUGGGACAAAUGGAAUGAAGAAUCUCAUGCCAGUUGCCAUCCAGCUGGGGCCGGUGUUGCAACCUCCCCUCAUUUCCACUCCGGUUACCAAAACGGUGCAGGUACUGGCUACCUCUCUGUCCCAUUGCUGGACAAAACUUUUUAAGUUGCAGCCAGCUCUCAAAUUGCCCGACAGCAUCAACGAGGCGUCCACUGUGAGCUCCUCUCACCGUUCAAAGGAAGACAAAGAAGCUGUUUUAGUAGAGGAAAGCAAACCGGAGUUUGUGUGUGUUCCACCUGCUGUGGCUCAGAACCAUUUGAUCAGUGAAGAAAAGCCACAAGCACUCCUACCUCCCUUAGAAGCUUUGUUCUCAGAGAACAGUAACCCUAAACCGCUAGUUAUCUGGGGACAGGGCAAUAAAGUCCAAGAAGCUCAACACCAAAAACAAACAUCCUGCCGUCUGCUGCACUUCAUCAAAGCAAAAACUGAAAACAAAGAUGCGCUUGAUUUUACAGUUUUUGGGAGCACUGAAGAAAGAAAUGAGGCGAACAAUUCAGAAACCUCAUCGGUUUCAGCUACUAAUAGACAGCAAAGAAACCAGCUACUGACGGACAACUGGAUGAAUGCUCGGGCCUCCAAAACCUUACUCACAAAUGAUGCCAACUCAACUUCAGUCUUCAAUGUAAAAAGUGUUAAUUCAAGUGGAAAUGUGACUUACAGUUGUAUGGUUAUGACAGAAACUGAGCUCUGGGAUGUUGGGGAAAUCUCCGCAGAGAUGUUGCAGAGCAAUACUUUGCACUACACCUCUGAGUACUGCGACUUUCAACAUCCAAUCCCUCAGGCAACAAACUCCUCUGAAAUUAUGAAUGGUGACCCCCAAAAUCUGCACUCCAGAGACUGUGAACAGGGUGACAGUUCUGCCAAUUCCCAAACACCAACUCCCAACAAUUUGAGUAUUCCAGACUUUGAGAUCCGCUGCUUUGAAGAAGCUGAGGUUGUGGUGUCUCAUAUCAGUAGUCCAAGUUCCUUCUACAUUCAGCGUGCUGACUUGAAUGAGAAGCUGCAGGCUCUUGUCACAGACAGCUGUGAAACCAGCCCUUCAUACGCAGAGCAGAACUGCAUUCCAGACAUUGGUACCCUUGCAAUGGCCCGGUUUUCUGAAAAACAUCAGUGGUUUAGAGCUCAGGUGACAAAUAUCUGUGGAGUGAUCCUGGAUGAUGUUCACAGAGAAGGUGUUGGAACUAAAUCAUCAAUCAAGGUGGAAGUGAAAAGAUUAGACUACGGUGACACCUGUCGUCUGUCCCUCUGGAAUCUGACGGCGUUUCCUGCAGAAGUGGCAACUCUACCGCUUCAGGCUGUACAAGUUUCCCUGGCAAAUGUAAUGCCCAUUAAUGGAAUCGAGUGGUCUGACGAGGCAGUGGAUUGGUUCAAAACCAUGACGCACAACAGAACGUUCUAUGCCAGGCUUUACCCACAGAAACCAACAGUUACAGUGGAGCUGUUCCUGGAAAAGGGAAAGAUGGGAGCGAUGAGGAGGGGUGCACCUCUGUCUAUGAGGCUGGCCCAAAAUGGCCAUGCAAGGCAUACCAAAGUCCCAUAUAUUGACCUCCUGAGAAAAAGAGCUGUUGAAGUCAAAGCUCGAAAACAGCUCUCCGACUGGGAGAAGCACCUCAUCUCCUGCUACAUUCCACCAAAGAAGUAGUUAAGAAAACGGACGAAACACAAAUGGCAAAUCAACCUUGCAGUCUGUCUGCUAAUUAGUGUUAAGCCAACUUUGUUCAACCUGCUGUGUUUAAGUGAAUGUAUGUUUUAUUGUUUUCUUCACUUUUUAAUGAAGUGACAACAGACUGUUGUGGACUAGGCUGAUGUGCAGCUGAGCUUUCAGAACUUUAUCCAUUCAGUUCACUAAACAAAUGCGCAUAAGCUGUAACAACACGUCCACUUCCUCAAUCUCUGCAAAUUUGUUGCAACUUCAAUUGUUUUUUUUUUUUUAAUUUUCAGAUAAAGAAAAUGUUUGAAUAUAUUUUAUAGUUUGUUGUAUUAAAGUACAAAAUUAAGCACAGUUGAUUCCUAUAAGUAGAACAAAGUUAAUAUAGUUUAAAAACAUUUAAUAUUUUCUGUUUUAUUGUUGCAUAUUUUCCAAAAGAUAUUAAUCUAGAAGUAUUUGCUUGUUUGAUUGGAAUAUUUUUCCUUUUAAGAAAUCAAUGUUUCUAAUUAUAGAUAUAUUUUUUUAUGAUUCCUUACCAUACUCUUUCAGUGGGACAGUUAUUCAUUAUGCUUUUUAUUUUAAUUUCCUUCUCUAAAUGCUUCUUUUCCCCAUACAUUGAUGGUAAAAAUGUGUUUAUUUUUCUAGCAAGAAUAUGUUGUUACAAUUCUAUUCUGAAAUAAAGGUGUUCUGGUUUAAUUUGCA